AUGGCGUGGUUUGGGACAUCAAAGGCUGGAUGGACGCCUCUGUUUUGUGCUGUGAAUGGGUUUAAAGGAGGACAUCUCGAGAUUGUCCAAUGGCUAAUUGAAGAAUGGAGGGUUCCCGUUGAUGAACCACAAGAUAAAAAGAUGUUCACUCCCUUUCACAUUGCCACCAGGUUAGGAUUUGUUUCUAUAGCAGAGUGUCUUGUUGAGCAUGGAGCAAGCAUAAACUCAACAGCUGAGGAUGGAUAUACACCACUGCAUUGGGCAGCUUUAUACAACCAAGUUGAAAUGGUUAAUUUUCUUGUCGAGAAAAGGGCAGAACUCAGUGUUCAGAACAAGGACAAGAAUACUCCUAUUCAUCUUGCUAAGAAGAGAGGUUAUGACAGAAUAUAUGACAUGAUUGUCAACGCUGGAGCAGAUAUUUCUAUUAGAAAUAUUGAUAGACUAACUCCUGCCGAACUAACGUCUGACUUUCCUUCUGAGAUUCGCUCUCGGGGUGCUGCAGCUAUUCGUCACUUUAGGGCUGCUCUAAGAAAUGGCAAAACUAAGCCACACAGAAUCAAGCUUAUGCUGUUGGGAGAUGCCAGGGUUGGCAAGACGAGCCUUUAUCGCUAUCUCACAGGUCAGGCAUUUAAAGAGGAUCUGGAAAGCACACAAGGAAUCGAGACAAAACUAAUUACCACACCAGAUGUUUAUCCUGUUAGCAACAGAGUGUGGAAGUUUAUUGCUGACCCACAAUCAGAUUUUAAUGACAGGAUAGCUCAGGAAACUGUACGACGUUUGAAAUUUGAUGACAGAGUAGAUCUAGUAGAUGGAUCUCAUCCAUUGAUUGAAGAGCUGCCGGGCCAGGAUGACUUCCAUGACGUGGGAGUGGAUAGUCAUCUGAUGUCGCCAGAAUCAGCAUCAAAACUUCAAGUUAGUGAAAGUCAUUUGCUUCCACCACACUCUACAACAAAUGUAACAGCAAAACCCACCGCAGCUGCAUACUUAGGACAAGCCCUUUCUGGUCCAUUGUUUGUUCCACAAAUAAUUGAAGAGCAUAGUGUGUUGCACAGUCAUUAUCAAGGAUACCAGCAGAGUCUUCAUCGUUUUCAUCACACUUCAACUUCAACUGCCCAAAGGCACAAAAGACAAAGAAAAAGUAAAAGGAAGGCGGAACCAUCACAACAUGAUCUUAGUGAAUUGCCAAUGAAAAGUUUUCUGAAACACUGGCAAUCAAGCAAAAGUGGUUUACAGGAAGAAAAAGCUAUCAAGUUUAGUGUUUGGGACUUUGCAGGUCAACAACUUUAUGAACCCAUGCACCACACAUUUCUCACUAGACGAGCAAUUUAUCUUAUUGUGUUGAAUUUGGCAAAACUAACUGACAAGGGUAUUUCCUUAGUUGAUUGGGAACGAAUCUACUUUUGGUUUGCAUCGGUGCAUGCUCACACUCCUCUCACUCCUGAAGCAGUCAGAAUAUUAUUUGUUGGCACUCACAAAAACAGCUGCAGUCCAGAUAGACUAGACAGUGCAGUAAAACAGCUUUGUGAUACCUUUAAGCAAUCUAAAGAGUUUGCUUGUCAUAUUGAGUAUAUUCAAGUUAAUGACGUUGAUGAGAUCUUGGCUCCAGUAGAGAACUCAUGUGACGACUAUGAAGAUGAGAGUGUUUGCGUUCUUCGCGAUUCUAUUUUGAAAGCAGCCCUAGAUCGAGAUUACAUGAAAGAAGAUAUUCCUUUGAGUUGGCUUCGAUAUGAAGACGAAAUUUUAUUAUAUCAUAAGAAACCAUUACGUACUCAAGGAGGUGAGAAGAUAGAGUCUCGGUGUUUGUUGACAAUGGAGGAGAUGAAAGCUAUUGCUGCCAAGUGUGGUAUUGGUGAUAUAAAAGAAGGUCCUUUUAAGACGAUGAUCACAUUCUUUCAUGAUGUGGGGCUUAUUUUAUUGCCUUCUGAACUGUUGGGAUUGGAUGAAUCCACAAAGAAGUUGCUUGAAGAUGUUGCUCUUCCCAAUCCACAUUGGCUAGUAGAUUUGAUGCAAAUUCUUGUCAAAAUUCCGGAACAAAGUAGCCAGAAUCCCUCAUACAGGGCUGACUGGAUCACUCUAGAAAAAGGAGUUCUUACCUACAGACUGAUGCAUUACAUUAUGCAUGAAAUGCGUGGGUUCUCAGACAAAGAUGUCAAUACAUUGUGCAUUAUAUUUCAAGCAUUGAGAUUCAUUUGCAAGCUCUUACACAGGCAAGUACAUACUUCAGGCAAUGCUCAGCACCAAACAGAAGAAGGAAACAGAAUGACAAUUGAAGACAGUCCGGACAGUCAUAUCGAGUCUAGUCAAGAGGAAGAUGACCAAUGCAGCAAAGAAAGGCACGUUGAGAGGUAUUUAGUACCUUGUCAACUGCCAGAAGAAAAUCUUGAGAUUAAAGAACUGCAAACUAAGAACACUUUCAACAAACGAUUCUACUUUGACUUUCCUACGUUUCUGCCUCCUUGGCUUUUGCUUCAUCUCAUUGUGCGACUUCUUACUUACAUGCAACAACAACCAGACUUGCAGUACAGUAUGCAGUGUGGUUGGCUUCCUUUGUUAUCAAAGAAGACUUGUCUGAUGGCUCAAAAUUCUUACACUCGCUUCAUCAUCAAACUGACGGCAAAUCGAAUUGUUGUAUGUCACCAGCUUAGUGAUUCUGAUUCCAAUGCUGAAAAGAAGUUGAUGACAUGGCUGUUUGAUAUGGUUUCUGAAAUUUGCAAACAAAAUUUUAAAAAUAUCACGUUUAGUUGUGGUCAUCUGUGUCCACAUGUUGAGUGCCUUAAACAUGUUGUAAGCAAAGAAAUUCAUGUUGAUAAAGAAUAUGAUUUGCGUGUCUUUCACUAUGAUGAGCUUAUGAGACUAAGAAAACAAGGUUUCUCUGCUGUGAAGUGUUUUGAUGAACUUCGACGCUCUGCCGCUGAGCAAAACGCUGAUGGGAUCAAGAUACCUUUGAUUACAACAAUCAAUUUUGUCUUAUCAACAGCAGAACAUAAGGGUCACGUGGAGGAGAUGUACAGCUACACAGAUGGCAAGGACCAUUUUAAAGUUACUGUAGUCCCUUGCUUGUUUUCUGAUCCUGACAUGAUUUUAUCUCCGAGUUCUACCAAUAAAGGCACAUCUUUGCAAUAUCGUGUUUCUGCUGCAGUGUCUCAGAGCGGUCUGUCUCAACAAGAGAACAUGUUAGAUGUCGUGGUGGUGACGGCCGUUUCUAUUGAACUCCGGGCUGUCAGGAAAGUUUUGGAAAAAGCUGGUUGCACGUCCUUUCCUAAUUUUCAGAUACGGGAUAGUUCAGACGAAGUUUUGGUGGGCGGUGUGGCUACCAAGCUGCAGUUGCAGAAGUCGACCUUUAAUGUGGGCGUGUUUCUUCUUUUACAAAAGGAACACGAAGGAGCCACGGAUUUCUUGCAAGCAAUAAAAUAUGGCGUAGAGUCUAAGCAAGUGUCAGAAAGUGGAUUAUUAGUCAUGAUUGGCAUGUGUGCAGGAAACCCUGACAGCAGAGUGAAGUUUGGAACCAUCAUGACGCCUCAACUGAUUGCAAAUGAAACUGGUGUUGGUUCAAAGCUUGAUGCAAAGACAGGCAAGUUCGAGACUUCAUUUGCUGAUGCUGAAGUUAGUCACAGGGUCUGUGCAGCAGUUCAAGCGGCUUCACCAGAAUUCUGUGGAUAUGAUUGGCUUGACAAGUAUCUGCCGGAUGAAGUAAAGAAUACUCCUUCACCACUGUUUCUUCAAGAUGCCAUUCUUGCUGCAUUGAAUGUCCAUCCCAACGAAAUGAAUGAGGCCGAGGUGCAUAGAAAACUCUUCAGUGCGUAUGAAAAUUGGCCAGAAAAUAUUAUCACCAAAGAAGUAGUGAAGGAAGCUCUUGGCAUUCUUAAAUGUGAGUACGUCACAGAAAACGAUAAGAAGUUUUCAAUUAAUGAGAAAGGUAGAAAAUGCAUCAAGGACAUCGAAUCUGAUUCUGAUUUUCCACGAAGUGAUUCUCAAGAUCCAGAGGUCAACAAGAAUCCUAUGAUAUCAGGUGCUUUCGUUCUCGAUGACAUGACUGAUAAGCAUUGGGAAAAGCUGAAAGAUCAGGCUGGUAAUAGAAAAGCGAGUGGAUUUGAUAUGGAAGGAUACGGGUAUUUGUCCUAUGCAGGAAAGCAUCUGGGCAUGUUGACCACGUGGUUUGUCAAGGUCGUCACAAACUUCGCUACCAAGGAGUCCAAAAUGGAUUAUUAUCAACAUUAUGGUACCUGUCUUGCAGCUGCAUUUUUCUUACACGUACUAGAGAAAAAUCCAUAUCUCGCAAGAGUCGCUGCCAGGAAAUAAACAUG